AUGUAUUCCCGGUGUGGCUGCCGCUGCUCUGUCAGCCAUCGUUUUUGCAAAAAUGCGGCACACGUCUUUGGAGGUUCUCCUAUGCGGAUUGUCCUUGUUCGAUGUACUGGUAUUAUCAUCAACGUUGUUCAUCUAUCCAGCAAUGAAUGCUUGCCAAAACGAACCCGAUCCAGUGAGUUCGGUAUGGACAUGUGUAGUGAUAGCGUUCGAUCGCUUCAUAGCCGUGUUCUUUCCGAUCAAAAAACGGGUCUGGGCAACUCCACAAACCUCGACAACGGUCAUCUGUGGAGUUGCAAUCUUUAGCUUGCUGUUCAAAUUGCCUGCUUUCUUCGAGAUUGUUCUGAACGAGUCUGGUCAAAUCACGCCUUCAUCACUUCGGCUUGACCCCACUUAUCAGCUGAUUUAUAUGACCUAUAUGUAUGUGAUAUUUAUUCUGCUGAUACCAUGGACGUCGAUUAUCGUUGUGAAUGCCAUCGUCAUUCAAAAGGUCCGUGAAGCCUAUCGAACCCAUAAGCAACUGACGCAGAGCAAUACUCGGACACGAAGGGAUGUCGACGAACGAAAAAUGACGGUGAUGACGAUAGUGAUGACCGGUAUCUUCGUAUUGUGUAACAUACCACCGGCAAUAAACAAUAUCAUCGAAUCCUAUGCACCACAGUAUCGAGAAAUGUAUCGACAUCGUAUACCACUCUCCACAUUACUUGUUUGUGUAAACAGGUAA